AUGUUGUACCAGGACUGGAGCUUUUGCCAUAGACUCUUAAAUAAAGUUGACCUGCGAACCGUUGUCCAGCUGGACUCGGCACAGCACAGGGGUGUGGGUGGGUGUGGAUGCACGUCGCCUCAGUUGUCGACGGCGACUGUUGUUGGCCAGCGGGUUGGACUACUGGCGCCGGGUACUUUGGUGGGGCAAUGCUCUACUGCGGUGUGGACAUCGUCACAGGUUCAGCCUUCGCGGCAUUGUUGGCACUUGCCACACGAGUUCUUUGACGAGCAUUUCUUCCAGCUGGGCCCACUGCGCAAACAGUUGAAGCACAGAUUCUUGCUUCGGACCUUCUUUCUGCGCUGGGCCACCGUCAGGCCAGUUAGAUUGGCGCACCGGAAGAUAGCCGGAGAAAUGGGCGCCAAGAUGUCUCGCCGUAAGGGGCGGAAGGCCGCGGAAGAGGCCGUGCAGUUAGCCACUCCGGAGAUUCGAGUGGACGAAACGGACGUUGACCGGGUUGCGGGUGGCGGACGGGUUGACGGGGGAAUCGAUUCGGCGGGGGGCGCUUCGGAACCGGUUCCGCCGGUUUCGGUAACAAAAUUUAUUGAUUCUUGUUUUGAUCAUUCCGUUGAACCGGCGGAUCCGGUUCCGGAAGCCCCGGUGGUAAUUGAAAUUUUACUAAAUAACCCUUUGGAAAAUACUGCGGCGGUUCCGAUUCCGGAACCGUCCGUAGAUCAAAAUUCUUUGUUGACUGAUUUGUCUUUUUCAGGGGUAAGCCAGGGCCAAAUUGAUGAGGUUGUUCCGAUUCCGGAUCCGCCGGUUCCGGAAACAAAAUUUAUUGAUUCUUGUUUUGACCACUCCGUUGAACCGGCGGAUCCGGUUGCGGAAUCUCCGACGGUAAUUGAAAUUUCUAUAAAUAACGUUUCGGCUAAUGCUACGGUGGUUCCGAUUUCGGAACCCCCUGUAGAUCCAAAUUAUUCAAUGACGAACUUAUCUCUUUCAGGGGUAUGCCAGGGCAAAAUUGAUGAGAUUACCGCUGUUCCGAUACCGGAUCCACCGGUCACGGAGCAAAAUUCAAUUGACAAUCUUUUGGUUGAUUCCGAAAGACCGGUGGAUCUGGUUGAGGAAUCUCCGGUAAUCGAUUCAGUUGCAUUUUCGGAAUCUACUGCGGCGGUUUCCACUUUGAAACCGCGCGCAGAACGCUAUGUUCGCAAAAUUGAUUUGUCCAUUUCAGACUCUUCGGAGGGAGUUCCAGAAUCUAAAAAUUUAAAAACUUCGCUAAAUUCUAAAAAUCCGCUCGAUUUUCAGAUUUGGCCCAGGUUAAAGAGUUCACAGUGUUGGAAUCUUCAAUUCCGACCCUGUAUUUGGUUCCGUUAAAAGAUUGCCCGGAAAGGGUGCCGGAACUGCCUCCACAAAAUUCGAAAAAAUAUUUUUGGUGUUACACCUGUCAAAAUUCUCGUACUAAUUCUUUGCCCUGGUUGCUGCGAUUGCGGUAUUCUAAAUUCUCGAUGUGGUUGCGCCAUUUGUUUUGUGGUUCGAUGUUUUGCGCUGUUAUUGGUUUGGUUGUUUUUGUUUGAAUUGUUUAAUCUUUUUUUUCUCGUUUCAUGAGCUGUAUCUUGUUUAGAGCGUUUCUUAGUUACCGAUGAUGAGAUGAUUGGACUGGAGAUUUCAG